UUUCAAUGUCGCCCUGAGGUUUUAGGAUAGAAGAGGAGGCUAAAAGCCAAGGAUACCCUCUGCGUUUUCAGCCCAGUGAUCCCCGUUGGUAGACCACUGACAAAUAGUCAAAAUGCUCAGUGUUCUCACUGCAAGGCUGCUCACGUGUCUGGAUUACCAUUACCACGUCACUGAGGAAGACAGCAAACUGAGGCUUGCCCAAGAUCAAAGGACUUGCCCAAGAUCACUCACCUCUAAAACCAAGGCAUGCUGAACCCAACCACGUUCAGGCCCAUGUUGGGCCUCCUACAAUUGUAUUAUUCGCUGCCUCUCUUCCAAGCUCUCUCUGCAGUGUGGGUUGGAGACGCGGCUGUGAGCUCAGGAGCCCUGUGUUCACCAGGCUUGUCACUUUCAUCUCCCGCAAUACACUGAACUUUUCUAACUCAGUUUUCCCGCACGCAGAACGUGGGAAAUAAAGCCCACAUCUCACAGCUUUGCGUUCAGGAUCACAGGCGAGGAAAGCUCUUCGGAAACUGCAAAGCGCCCUACGAAUAACCUCCGCAACAGGCAUUCACACUCGAGCUCCCCCACUUCCCAGUCCCGGGAGACGCUCCCGUCUCCGCCCACCUCCUAGGCGGCGCGGCACCGGGUAGGAAGGAGGAUUAACCCCUGGGCGCCUGUCUGGGCGUUUCUCCAGGCGGCCGGGGAGGAGUUCCGCCUCUCGCCCCCGCCCCGCCGCUGGGCUCCCUGGCGCCCGCACUCGCGCUCUCGGAGUCCCUCUCCCGCCCAGGCCCCUGCUGGCUGCGCUCCCUCGGUCCGGCACUGCACGCGGGCGGCCCGCCAGGAUGCAGGCCGCGCACAAGGAGCACCUGUACAAGCUGCUGGUGAUCGGCGACCUGGGCGUGGGCAAGACCAGCAUCAUCAAGCGCUAUGUGCACCAGAACUUCUCCUCGCAUUACCGGGCCACCAUCGGCGUGGACUUCGCGCUCAAGGUGCUCCACUGGGACCCUGAGACAGUAGUGCGCCUGCAGCUCUGGGACAUCGCAGGUCAAGAAAGAUUUGGAAAUAUGACAAGGGUCUAUUACAGAGAAGCUAUGGGCGCAUUUAUUGUCUUCGAUGUCACCAGGCCAGCUACAUUUGAAGCAGUGACAAAGUGGAAAAAUGAUUUGGACUCAAAGUUAAGUCUUCCUAAUGGCAAACCAGUUUCAGUGGUUUUGUUGGCCAACAAAUGUGACCAGGGGAAGGAUGUGCUCACGAACAAUGGCCUCAAGAUGGACCAGUUCUGCAAGGAGCAUGGUUUCGUAGGAUGGUUUGAAACAUCAGCCAAGGAGAAUAUAAACAUUGAUGAAGCCUCCAGAUGCCUGGUGAAACAUAUACUUGCAAACGAGUGUGACCUGAUGGAGUCCAUUGAGCCGGAUGUCGUGAAGCCCCAUCUCACAUCACCCAAGAUUGUCAGCUGCUCCAGCUGUGCCAAAUCCUAGUAGGCUUCUUUGCUGGCAUAUGAUGGAAAUAAUCCCAUUUAUCUCAUGUCUCAGUUCUUACCAAUUUGAGUAAAUGU